AUGGUCCGGUAUUCCCCGCCACAGCGAGGAGAUGAUGAAAAAAUUGUCGUAUCCACGAAUUCGAGCGCUUUUGUUGGUAGAGAUUUGGGCACCAGCUCAGCAUGGAUAUCCCACGUCGACCGAUUACCUAUGGCUGUGGCCAUCCCGUCUAUUAUUGUUAGCCUUUUGCCGGGUUUUAUUCGCCCCUUUGUUAAACCGCUUCUUUUUGCGCCUGCUAUCUAUACGCGAUAUAUGUUGGGGCGACUUCUAGGUCCCGUUAUCAAAGAAGACAUUGCAGAAUACGAAGCAAGCAAGGUGGAAAAAAGGGCUGUGGCAGACCCAAAAGAAAAGGGGAAGGUUGCGUUGACGAGCUGGCUAUUGCGCCGAUAUACCUCCAGCCCGAAAAAUGCCCUCGCCAAACUUAUGGAAGAUUAUAUUAACAUUUCCUUCGAGUCUACUACUUCCACAGCUGGCACGCUUUUCUUCCUGCUUACUGAGCUGGCUGAUGAUCCAGCUCUUGUAGAUGCCCUGCGAGACGAGAUUAAGACAGUGGCCCCUGGUGGGCUUCUGCCAUUUACUCACCUUAAUGAGCUCAGAAAGCUGGACAGCGUUAUGCGCGAAUCUGCUAGAGUUAACCCUUUCAGCCACAUAAUUUUAUGGCGAAAGGUGAUGCAACCUCUCAAACUCAGCAUAGGGCCUGAGUUGCCUGUCGGUACAAAUAUUUGUGUAGAUGCCCAUCAUAUUAAUUUCUCGCCAGACCUCUGGGAACGGCCAGAGGAGUUUGAUGGACUUCGACACUAUAGAGCUCGUCAGAAACCAGGAAACGAACAACGUUUCAAAUUUGCCAACUUAGGGUCAGAUGCUCCCGGAUGGGGGGAUGGUUCGCAAGCAUGUCCAGGAAGACUUUUUGCCGAUAAUACGUUGAAGAUUAUCCUUACCCAUAUCUUGAUGAACUACGACUUCAAAUUCCGCCCCGGAGAGACAAAACCCAAAAAGGGCAGCAUGCCAAAUGGCUCUAUGUAUCCAGAUAUGGGUGCGAAACUGCUUUUCAGAAAGCGCAACCAGUGA